AUGCAGGCAAUUUUAGAGCUACAAAGACAACUUAAAGCUGUAUAGCAGAGCAAGGGCGCCUAAGCCAAUAAACUAAAUGAGAGAAAUGUUGUUGAUAUCAUCAGAAAAUUACUAGAGGAUAAUAAGAUUAAGCUUAUAUAUACCUAGGAUGGAAAAGAGUAUCUGACGAAUGAGCAACUUGAAAAGGAAAUUAAGGAGCUUCUUCAAGAGAGUGGUGGUAGACUGAGCGUGCUUGAGAUACCAAGCCACUUAGGUGUUAAUAUCGAUGUGGUCGAGAGAAGUGUAGACUAGAUUGUCAAGAAAAAUAAACUAAACCUUAUCAAUGGACAACUGAUCUCAGAAAUAUACAUAGAUUUGAUUAUGGAGGAAGUCUAUGAGAUGCUAAGUGAUAAGGGACUCCUUGUAUUGCAAGAAUUGACUACUAAGUAUAAUUUGCCCUUAGAUUUUAUUAAGGAAAGUAUUCAACAUAGGAUGGAGUAUAGUCUGCCUUAGGGUUGCCAACUAUAAGGGAAUAGUCUUAUGACUAAGACUUUCGCUGAAAGAUAAGUAUGCAAAGUCAGAGGAAUACUAAGAGGAGUAACUAGACCUGUUGCCUUAUCUGCAAUUGCUACUUAAUUUAAGGUAGAAGAGCAAAAAUUAAAAAACAUCACUGACCAAUUGAUUAAGGAAAGCCAAAUUAAGGGAAAAAUAUAAUAGGGAUUAUUCAUACCCCAAGCAUUCACUUAAAUGCAGGAAGGAGCUUGUAGGGCAUUUUAUCAAUAGAAUAGAUAUAUAGAGUACCAAAUGCUCAGCAAGCUAUAAGUGCAGAAGCCUAGAGAAUUUAUUGAGUAAGUUAUCGGAAAAGAUAAGGGCAACUUUUUGGCUAACUUUUAUAUCAGCAAAGACUUUGUUCAACAAAUCGAAGGCCAAGUUUAAGAAAUUGUAGAAAAUGGCUCAUAUCUAGAUUUAAGCCAUAUUGUUCCAUCACCUUUUAGAGAUUAAGACAUUUAAGAUUUAGUUAACAUUGUCGGUGAUCAAUGCAGACUUUUGUCGAGCAAUUAACAUAUAGUAUCAGAAAAGUUUAUUCAAAAAUGCCUAGAGGAAUUUAAAGUCUCAUCUGAAUAGAUUGCAAUCAAAAAUAUUAAGAAAGGAAUUAAGCCUCAAACUGAAGAAUAAAAGAAAACUCAAUAAGUUCAGUCAACAAAUAAGAAGGGCAAAGGUGGAGGAGGUAAAGGCGGUAAAAAGAAGGGAAGACAGCAAGAUGACAAUGAUGAAGAAGUCAAAGAAAUUACUGUUGAAGAUUAACUACAAAUUAACAUUACUGAGGAUAUGAUCAAAGAAACUCUUUCAAGUUCUAGCAAUUUCGUUGAAUUUAAGGAUACACCUAACAGAGAUGACUAUCUAUUUGAUACUCUAGCUGAAUUUCUGCAUAUUCCUCUUAACAAGCAAUACUAGAUGAUAUUUAUUGAAGUUUUUGCAAGACAAUCGACAAAGCAAAAUGCAUCAGUUAACAAAAACUUAGAGUAAGAAGUAGAGGAAAAUUUCCAAACUCUGCAAUUCAUGUUUAAAUAGCUAGAACUUUUGAGGAAAAUAAUGACAUAAAAUGAUAAGGAAAAAGAAUUUGACGUUAUAAGUGCACCUGUAAAGGCUCAUUGGUGCAAAACUGAUGCUUAGGUUAUGCUAAAUAAGCUAACAAUGGUUCAAGCGUUUUACAAUAAUGUUGACUUGAAUAAUCUUGCACUCUCUAAAGAUCCUAAAACUUAGCAAAAUACUGUGCUUAAUGCCAAUGAUAGAAAGACAGUAGCGAAACAAUUUUAGAAGCAUGUUACUGCUAUCUUUGAACAAGCAGGGUUAUAUCUGUCAAAUAAAAACUUCGAUGAUUUUAUGACUCAUUUAUCAGACAACAUUAAGAAUCUCGGAGCAAGAAUUAAGCAGACUGAUAAAAAGAUAGAGAAAAAGAUAAAGGAUCAAUUAAGUAAGGAGUUAAAAGAUCAAAUUACAGUUGAUAAAAUAGAAAGUCCUCUGUUUGACUUCAGGUCAUUACUAAUCAUUAUUCUAAAUAACAGGCUGCUUGAAAGUGGAGUGUAUUUGAAUCUUCCUAAUGAAGAGUGGGCUUGUAAGAUAAUGACUAAUCUUCUAAUAAAUCAUGGUAUUGAAAGUAAUAUGGAUGAAAAGAAGAAAGAUGACUUGGUUUAGGCAACCUAGUACUAUUCUUUGCAUUGUUGGACCAAAUCUGAGGACAAAGAGAAAAUUACAGAGAUAAAGGAGCAAAGUCAGAAUCUUUUACUCGAGCUUAUUAAGUGA